AUGUCCUCCGCUACUGGUCCCAAAAUGCACUCAGAUCCACCGGCAAAACGAUCCUCCUUCGCUCUUCGCUAUUAUGACUUCGCAGACGGACACAGCGAUCUGACUCCGCGCCCGACUCUAAUUCCCCCGUUUCCCUCUUUUUCCACCACCCCACCAUCCAGAACUCCAUCGAAUCAAAGACGCGACUGGGACACGAUUGAGACAAAUCAAAGAAAUCGUCUUCAUUCUUUCACCACCCGCGAACUCCUCAAUCUCGAUGCAAUAACUGAACGUCCAAUGGCUGCAUCUACACUUUCCGAUGUGCCCAUUCUCGCAUUACUACGAAAGACACAAUGGGACAGGACAGGUACAAUGUUUGGAAGAAAAGAGGCUAUUAUUAUUGACGACUGGGAAAGAAGUGGAGAUGAAGAGGGUGUGAUGUAUGGAAGUUGGAAUUCGGAGAAUGGACAUGUGUGGAAAGCCUUGCGGCCGAUGUUGACGAUUGCAAAUCAGUAUUUGUUAUCGAGUCAUAUGUUACCUUGGUUUGACGCUUUACUUCUUGCCCCUCGGAAACCUAUACCACCCGAAAGAAACCUACUCGACGUGCCCGAUCUCCAAUACUUUUCUCCUCGACAUCCAGCUUAUAACAUUGAGGAUACUAGGAAAGCCCGUGAUAAAAUAUUAAAUGAUGUCCUCUUGGAAAAACAUGACAUUUUGUUCUCGUUCUUUGAGCCAGGCAAAAAUCCAUACACAGGGGAGAUUGACGUAGACGCCGACGAGAACAUGUAUCCUGAUCAGAACACGCUGGCCUUUGCAGAUAUUCGCUGGAAUAAGCGGGAUCCGGGCGAUGAUAGAGAAAAUCCAUGCUAUAAUAUCGUACUCAUGCUGAACGUUGAUUUUAUCACUCCAUUGAUUGUAGAUAAAUAUUUGAACCAUGCCGAACGAUACGCAAUAUCUUGGCGGAUAGCCGUUGUAAUAGUACAUGAAUUAGUUCAUGCUAUAGAAUUGGCUAGAAAUUACCCCAGCCGAGAGAUUAAAAUGAUGACCCCACCUGCCUCAAUCGAACCAUAUUUCGAAGAGGAAGCUUUGGCUGAACUAGGAUACUCGUACGAGAAUGCCGUUAACGGGGGAUACAUAGAAACAAUGCUUAAUGGUACGAUAUGGAAGAAUCGCCCUUUGGGCUAUUGGCUAGUUACUCCCUGGCCAACUAUGGAGAUGAUCCUGACCUAUACAUCAUCUAUCGAAAACCCUCAACUCGACGGGGAUCCACAACCUCCAAAUUAUAAAUACUUGCAUCCUAUCCCAGUGACUGUUUAUGAAGAUGUCCAGUCCAUAUCAUUUUGGGAGCAUGCAGUCCGGCCAUAUGGUCAUAAGAUAUUGUACUAUCGGACUAUGAGAUCUAGUGUCGGGAUCAAAGUCGAAGAUGAAUAUGUAUGGGGUAGAAACGAUAUCACAGGGCGAGUGAAUGUCUCACCAUUGAGAAACGAAUCCAAGUCAUUCGUAGAUGAUGUGGAACGGCUCAAAAAUUCAGUGAAUUGUACACCAGAAGAAAAAAAAAUCUUGCAAAUUGGGAACAAACUGAUAAAGACUGCAGGGUAUGCAGCGGUCUUUUGGUCCGAUUCGACUGUACAACGACAGAGCAUUAACGAGUAUAUUAUGAUGAUCGAGGACAGCGAAAUGAACAACCUAAAAGACAAAAACAUUAGAGUACGAAUGUUUAAUAUUUUGAUGAAGGCAACAGAGAACCAUGUUAGCCUGAUGCAGAAUCAGUUACGCAUCGACGAGUUAAAUCACACCAUUUCAGCAGACCGGCGAAUUGACCUUUUGAAGUUCAAUCGGGGAAUGCGAGCACUCAUACAUAGAGUCAAAUUGGAAUGGCAGAUAGAACUUUCCCAUCCAGUCAUUCGCCUCAGUACUAUACUGAAUCAUUUAGAAAUGGCGUUGAUGUAUAUCUUGGUCCCCGAUCAACUCACUCAACUGAUCGAUACUGAGGACCAAAAAGAAAUCAAUGUGAUAUCGCAAGCUCGUAUCGAAUUCAUCUCAGGAAAUGUUGAAAGCUGCCAAGAAACCAUUUCAGGAAUUCAUCAGAAUCCAGGGACAUCCUCGUAUGCGAUAACUUGCGCGGGACUACUAAAUCUAGCUUGUGCUUUUGCAAGUGGUCGCCGGGUAUGGGAUGAUGCACAAAAUAAAUUGACACAACGAUACUUUGCGAGAAUCAGAUAUUUGACCAGGCUCUACGAUGGAGGGAAAAGAGAAUGGAUUGAGUUGUUGGGACACUGGAUAAAAUUUGCUAAAGAUUUAGGGAGAAGUUUAGAUUAUGGAGGAAUGCAUGGAAUUGGGAUGGUCACAAUGAGUACGAGAAAGAAAAGAAAUAUCGCGAGAGAUAUGGGUGAAGACGCACCACCGUACACGCAAGAAGAUAUUUAG